ACUCGAAUCGCUGGGAACCGAGAAGCCGGUUUAGUGUCAGAAGUCUUCUCGAGAUUAACKUACAAAACCUGUCUUUAUCUUCUUUUUAACAAUGCUAAGAGCCUCCAGCUCUCGCCUGAUACAAUCAGGAAUACAUAGAAACCUUGGAUGUGGGUCUUUAGCGAGAACAACAUCAGCUGUAAGGCAUUCUAGCUCCGAAGCGGAUGRAGAACCGUCCUUYAUUCAGAUGUGUGAAAUCUUCUUAGAUAAUGCCAGAUCCUAUGURGAACACCGACUUCUGACAAGACCAGAUCCUCCUGGCACUAAAAGAGAUCCUCAUGAGGACAAGAAAAGCAAGAUUAAAGGUAUUUUGGAUACAAUGAAGCCAUGCCAGGAUGUAUUAUCAGUUUCUUUCCCUAUCAAACGUCAUUCUGGAGAAUAUGAAUUAAUUAGAGGAUACCGUGCCCAACACAGCCAUCAUAGAAAGCCAUGCAAAGGAGGUAUUAGGUAUAGUUCAGAUGUUGACCUAGAUGAAGUUAAAGCUUUGGCUACUCUAAUGACAUUCAAAUGUGCUGUUGUUGAUGUUCCUUUUGGUGGUGCCAAGGGUGGCAUUAGGAUUGACCCAAGAGAAUAUUCAGAACUAGAACUUGAGAAAAUUACAAGACGAUUCACAGUAGAAUUAGCUAAGAAGAAUUUCAUAGGACCAGGCCUUGAUGUACCUGCGCCUGAUAUGGGCACUGGUGCCAGGGAAAUGAGUUGGAUGGCAGACACUUAUGACAUGACACUAGGUUUUGGAAAUAUGAAUGCUUAUGCCUCUGUGACUGGUAAACCAGUUCACUUGGGUGGUAUCCAUGGCAGAGUGUCUGCAACUGGAAGGGGAGUUUAUCAUGGAAUUCAAAACUUUCUAGAUAAUGAAAAGUAUGCUAACAUGGUUGGGCUAGAACCAGGUGUCAAGGGAAAAACCUUUGUUGUCCAGGGAUUUGGUAAUGUAGGCUUGCAUAGCACCAGAUAUUUGCACAGAGCUGGUGCCAAGUGUAUUGGUGUGAUUGAGCGUGAUGGUAACAUAUACAAUAGAGAAGGUAUCGACCCUAAAGAACUUGAAAAUUAUCUCUUGGAAAAUGGAUCAAUUUUAGGAUUUCCAGGUGCCAAUGGAUUUGGUAAUGUAGGCUUGCAUAGCACCAGAUAUCUGCAUAGAGCUGGUGCCAAGUGUAUUGGUGUGAUUGAGCGUGAUGGUAACAUAUACAAUAGUGAAGGUAUCGACCCUAAAGAACUUGAAAAUUAUCUCUUGAAACCUGUCUUUAUCUUCUUUUUAACAAUGCUAAGAGCCUCCAGCUCUCGCCUGAUACAAUCAGGAAUACAUAGAAACCUUGGAUGUGGGUCUUUAGCGAGAACAACAUCAGCUGUAAGGCAUUCUAGCUCCGAAGCGGAUGRAGAACCGUCCUUYAUUCAGAUGUGUGAAAUCUUCUUAGAUAAUGCCAGAUCCUAUGURGAACACCGACUUCUGACAAGACCAGAUCCUCCUGGCACUAAAAGAGAUCCUCAUGAGGACAAGAAAAGCAAGAUUAAAGGUAUUUUGGAUACAAUGAAGCCAUGCCAGGAUGUAUUAUCAGUUUCUUUCCCUAUCAAACGUCAUUCUGGAGAAUAUGAAUUAAUUAGAGGAUACCGUGCCCAACACAGCCAUCAUAGAAAGCCAUGCAAAGGAGGUAUUAGGUAUAGUUCAGAUGUUGACCUAGAUGAAGUUAAAGCUUUGGCUACUCUAAUGACAUUCAAAUGUGCUGUUGUUGAUGUUCCUUUUGGUGGUGCCAAGGGUGGCAUUAGGAUUGACCCAAGAGAAUAUUCAGAACUAGAACUUGAGAAAAUUACAAGACGAUUCACAGUAGAAUUAGCUAAGAAGAAUUUCAUAGGACCAGGCCUUGAUGUACCUGCGCCUGAUAUGGGCACUGGUGCCAGGGAAAUGAGUUGGAUGGCAGACACUUAUGACAUGACACUAGGUUUUGGAAAUAUGAAUGCUUAUGCCUCUGUGACUGGUAAACCAGUUCACUUGGGUGGUAUCCAUGGCAGAGUGUCUGCAACUGGAAGGGGAGUUUAUCAUGGAAUUCAAAACUUUCUAGAUAAUGAAAAGUAUGCUAACAUGGUUGGGCUAGAACCAGGUGUCAAGGGAAAAACCUUUGUUGUCCAGGGAUUUGGUAAUGUAGGCUUGCAUAGCACCAGAUAUUUGCACAGAGCUGGUGCCAAGUGUAUUGGUGUGAUUGAGCGUGAUGGUAACAUAUACAAUAGAGAAGGUAUCGACCCUAAAGAACUUGAAAAUUAUCUCUUGGAAAAUGGAUCAAUUUUAGGAUUUCCAGGUGCCAAUGUUACAGAGGAAAGUCUUUUGGAAGCAGAAUGUGACAUCUUAGUUCCUGCUGCCAAUGAGAAACAGAUAACCAAAGCAAAUGCYCACAAGAUUAAAGCCAAGGUUAUUGCUGAAGGUGCAAAUGGACCAACUACUCCUGAAGCUGAAAAGAUUCUCAUUGAAAACAAGAGACUUGUUCUACCUGACCUUUAUCUUAAUGCUGGUGGUGUCACAGUGUCUUACUUUGAAUGGCUCAAGAACAUUAACCAUGUCAGCUUCGGUCGUCUGACCUGGAAAUAUGAAAAGGAAUCCAACUACCAUUUACUAGAGAGUGUACAGCAAAGUUUAGAAUCUCACUUCCAAUCUGGAUCAAUUCCAAUCCAACCCUCUGCAGCUUUCCAAGAGCAGAUAUCGGGUGCUUCUGAACGAGAUAUUGUACACUCUGGUUUAGAAUUUACCAUGGAGAGAUCAGCAAAUCAACUUAUGCGRUGUGCAGAGGAAUACAACCUUGGGCUUGAUAUAAGGACUGCUGCAUACAUAGUUGCCAUGGAGAAAGUCUACAACACUUACCAAGUGGCUGGAUUCACUUUUGUCUAAUGAAAGCUCUGAACUGUUAGCUCUUUUGUACUUGACUAUUUAAUUUUUUUCAUAUCUUAAUAAUGCGAUAGUAAUAUAUCAGCUAUUAUUUAAUCACAAUGGAGUUCAAGAAUGCAAAGAUUUACCCAAUGUGGAGAAAUUUGAUUGUUAAUCAAUAAUUUUGGACAAUUCAUGUGUAAUAAUCUAAUUAUAAUGUAAACAUACGUACCCUGAACCAAGUUUGUAACUUGGUGAGGUGUAUUGAAUUUUAAUUUUGAAUAUCAUGGUAAUUAUGAGGAAAUCACUUGUCAAUAUUUAGAAUGCAGAAGGAAUGAAAUGUAGAAUUGAAUUAAAACUGGGUUUUGUACUUUGAA